UUUUCGAUGGGAAUGGUCUUGAUCGACUUGGCGAUGUGUAUGGCAAGACAAGUUGCUUAUACAGGCCUCGGGUAGUCUGUUCUCCAUUCACAAAGGCCCAAUCAUUCACGUCAAGGCAGCUGCUGCCACGCCGAGCGCUUUUGGCUGGCAUCUACACAUCGCAAAACCCCCACCUUGGAAAACGGAUGAUCGUGGGUUGCAAGACAAGAACAACUUGUAAAGGGUGUAAGCCCAGAAAAUUUUCUUGGCCGUCAUGGCGUCCGAUGACCUGUCAGAGAUCAUAAGGGGCAUUGAAGAAUCUUCAUUCAACCCCAGGCAUGCUCUCAUCUGGUUGGAACAACAACCUGAAAAUGAGCAGACAUUAAAAGUACAAGAGCUCUUCCGAGCACUACUCCUCAGCGCGUCUAAGCCAAAACAGUCGUCUGGCAACGCCUGUGUCAAGCUUUGUGGCCUGGUCGAAUUAUGUGCAAGGUCGACUUCGCUCAGACUUAGGGAGUUUGCUUUCACAGAAGACACCGCGGCCACGAUUUUCAAUUUCUUCAUUGAAUGGAAUGAGCAGGACGCCCACCGCUCGAUGAGGCUUGUGCUCGACUUCCUCACCUAUUCCGCCGCGCAGAACCCGUCACUUGAAGUUGGCCUGUCGAUCAAGUCGAAAAUUCUCGACGAAACAGUAUCAAUCAUUACUGAGAAAUCAUCACGGCCGUCGAUAAAGUCGGCACUGACUGCUCUUGACCACAUUCUGCAGAAGAAGCUGAUAUAUCUGGACGAUGUCUUGGCUACAUACAAAAAGAUACAUCAAUCCAAGAUGAGCCAGGGAACAACAUGGCAGAACUUUGUCAGCCAGAUAUUUGACUGGAUGGUUCUGCAUUACGUCUGCCCCGCCGCAGGAAAACUCAUAGUCACGAUAUUGACAGCGUCGCUGAGCAAAGAUGGUGAUGAGAGACAUCCCCCGAGCACUUGGCAUGAUUUUAUCUACCCGCCACUCGAAGCAAAUGCCGAUCUCUUGGAAUCGGUGCGGCUGUACAUCCUCAUGCCGCUCUUCAAGACCGACCGGGCAGGCGCGCUCGAGUAUCUGCAGCGGCUCACGAGUCUUCAGGGGCUUACAGGUGAUCGUGGCGAGGGCUGGAACCUGAACGCCAUGCUGUGGCUGUCUAUGCUAGAGGCGGGUAAGAAAGCUGGUGUUGUGGACGAGCCAGGCCAGGGGCUCAAACAAAAGCCUGGUGCCGUGACACAGCUGGACGCCCAUGUUUUGGAGGAGGUCUUAUGCCAUGACUCUCAUGACGCACGCUCCUCUGCCGUCGCCAUCUUGAUCGCCUCACCCUCCACUACGCGACCGUACACACCAGAGGUUCUGAAUCUUCUCAAGAAACACCUUCCAUCUUUCCACUCCGACUCAAACUCCAAGUUUCGGUACGAAGUUCUCGGUCAUUCUCGCAACAUGAUCAAGAGAAUCCAUGGGGCCCUCGAGUCCGUGCGACGCGACUAUGAGAAGGCCGUCAAGAAGGCGAAGAACACAUCAUCACAGGGUACGGCUUCAAACGCUGGUGCCAGCCACGUUGAAAUGACGUUAAGACAACACCGCGAGUUCGUAUUUUGGUAUUUCGACUUCCUCAAAAAUGAGAUGAGUCCUACGGCAUCCUAUCAACGCCACAUCACAUCCUUGAAGGCGACAAAUUAUGUGCUGAGCUCACCUCUGGUCCAAGAGUCAGAGAUCUCCAUGUUUGGAGAAGUUAGCAGCCCUUUUGUCGAUUCAGUCUGGCUGAGAUGUGUGCUGGAUCUUGUUAUGGACCCUUUUGACGAUGUCCGAGACGCUGCAGCAGGCCUGAUCAUGUCUCUGGCAUCGACCAGUACCAAAUCUCCAACACCAUCACGAAUUGGCGAUCGUGAUGCGCAAAUGGCAACAGAACUGGAAGAAUUUUGCAAGAGAGCCGACCUGCUUGCCAGCAGGACCGCUCGUGCUGACCACUCUGAUGGAGCUGCCCGCUCCUACCAUCUGCUUCACUUGUGGAGAUCCCAGUGUGGUGAAUCUUUGAAGGUCCCCCAACUUAUACUAGAUGACCUGGAGAAGAAGAUCAUCUCGGCGGAGAAGGAUUUGGCGGCGGCAGUCCUGGAAAGUCCAGUUCACGGAAACUUCGCUUCACUUCGCUAUCUUUGGAGCUCCUUGAGCACGUCUUCUCUCUCAGUUGAAGACAGAGAAGUACUUUAUGCGAUCCAAAACAGGACGAUUCAGUGCUGUAGCAAGAUUUGGGACAUUGUCCAGCACAUCCUUUGUGACGAUUCGCCCGAGGGUCACUUGCCCGAAGAUCUUGAGGAAGUCGAUGGACUGGACACCAAAGAUCUGCUCAGCUAUAGCUUCCGAGCGGUGCAUGAGUCUAGCAAUCUUCUGCGAGUCAUCGCCAGCCGUCUUGCGAGCGAGUCAAAAAUAAAGCCAAGUGCAGAUGCUCGCGCAAGCUUUGAGAUCAUUGGCAGGUUGACGUUCCAAGAACUGUCAAAUCUGCGACACCGCGGUGCUUUCACCACAGUUUCACAAACAUUUGCUACAUGUUGCCAGCUUGUUCAGUACUUUCCGGUUGAAAGCAACGGGGCGAAUCUCCUGAAUGAGUGGUAUCUGGGGGCUUUGGAAUGUAUACACACGCAAGCAUCGACAACUCGCCGGUCGGCUGGCAUUCCAGCCCUUAUUGUCGGGGUCCUGUCGUCGAACGCUGAAGAGCCAUCAUUCCAUGAUGUCGUCCGGGAGUUGCAGCGGAUAUCGCGGCGGCCAGCUAGAGUGGCGGAGACGGACGGAUCCAAUCUGUCUCAAGUCCAUGCUCUGAAUUGCUUGAAGGACAUCUUCAAGAGCUCAUAUCUGAGCAAGAAGGCAGAACCCUAUCUGACGGAAUGUUUGGAACUUGCAGCAGAAUGUCUUAAGUCAGAGGUCUGGGCGAUACGAAACUGUGGCUUGAUUCUCCUUCGCAGCCUGAUUGACUGCCUUUUGGGUACCAACGAGAGCAAGGCAUCCAUAGAAGCAGGUUGGGCUGGCAAAACCACCAGGAUUCCGUAUCACAAAUUCGCUCAGCUUCCAGCAGUCCUGGUCAACCUGCUCCAGAUGGGCCAACAGGCCGAGGGGGUGCUCAUCGGCUCACAAUCGGCGGAGUCUGUGUUUCCCGCCCUGGACAUCAUCCGCCGCGCCGGUCCUCCUGAGGCAGCCCGUGACGAACUGUACGAGUUGAUCUCAUGGUACCUCGGCAGCCGGAUCUGGCACGUUCGCGAGAUUGCGGCGCGCACCCUGUGCUCUUUCUUGCUCCAACCUGGGUGGAGCGAGGAUGUGCAAGAUCUCGUUCUGAAGUCGACUUCGUCUGCGAACAAGCUCCACGGAGCCCUCAUGACGCUCAGGUUCCUCCUUGAACGGUUAUCGGAAGUCAUGCCGGAGCAGAUUUCAGCCAUGACUCUGACAUCGCUGUCCACCAUGCUUUCCUCGGUUGUGGACAUCGUCUCUGAUGGCAGCUCUUGUUCGGAGGUACAAGCAGUGUACAUUGACGUCGUCAACACCAUCAUUAAGUUGGCGUCACAAGAAUCAGCAAGGACAGGGCUAUCACAUAUCGCAAUACCGAAGGCGAUACUCGACGACGGCUUCAAAGACCGAACGUCCGCGCUUCUUCACCUCAGGCUUGGAGAGGCACAGACACAGGCAGUGACGCAGAUCGCGCCAGGCAGCGCCAACAACACUUUGAAAGCAGCACUGAAAGACGCCUUGGAGACCGACAUCAACGUCUCUUGUGCAAUGCUCGAGCGCCUGUCAAGGUUACCCACGGACAUGGACAAAGACACCUUCGUGGUGUUGCUGGAUGCCAACAUGAGUGUCUGUUUCGAGACCCGGGCCACUGAGCCAGUCUCACUGGCACUCGAGAAUCUGGGCGCGCUCUUGAACCAGGCGAUCAGUGCUCCCUCGCCUGAAUUCUCCCUCUUGCCCGCAACUGAAGAGCUUGUCCGGCUCUGGGAGAAUAUCACGAGACUCCCCAUCACGCCGAGCCUCUCCGAGUCCAUCAUGCAGGUUGGCGGCUGCAUUUUAGCGGUCGUCAUUGCCCGCGACGAGCCAGUAUACCAAAGGAUGCUGCCGACCUGGCUUCGCACCUGGGGUUUCAUGAUGACGACCGCCGGCUCGGCCGACCAGACCUUCGAUACGCGGUUCGCUGCCGCCAGUGCUAUGCUGUCCAUCUCGACCGCCAUGCGCCUCUCACCAGCCCUACCCGAUAGCACUGUCACCAACAACGACAACGACAACACCAGCAACCCAAGCCCACCACCACCAUUGGACGAAGCCCAUCUCCCCUGGCUGCUGGCGCUAUACGACAGCCUCGACGACGACGACGACGAGGUCCGCGCCGUCGCAGCUGCAGCCACGGGCAACAUCCUCCUCCCGGGGCAUGGUGGCGCCCAAGCGCUGGCCUCGAUCGAGGCCGCCGCGCGGCUGCUGGCCUGGCUGUGCGAGCAGUUUGGCAGCGGCAGCAGCAGCGCGAUCGAGUUCCGCGCCGAGGUCGCCUGCCGGCUGGCGGUCGGCCAAAACACGGGCGGCUACGAGGACACCGAGACCUCUUGGCCCCCCGCGGACGAGCAGCUCCGCCUCGCGAUGCGCUUCGACGACGCCCUCUUCGUCGUCGAGGAGCAGAACCUGUACGUCGACGAGGUCCGCGAGGCGCAGCGCUGGCGGGCCGCCCUCAUCGCGUGCUUUCCCCGGCUGCUGUCCUCGUCCUCGAGUCUGGAGUCUCAUCCGGUCCUCGAGGCGCUCUCGACAUGGACCCUGGAAGCUCUGCAGACACUGAAUCGGAUCGCCGCCGGCGACGACGAGGGGGGGGAAGGGAAGGAGGCGGAGGAGCAGAAGGAGAAGCAGCGGCAGCAGGGCCGCGACGGCCCGCUGGGAUGGACGUCAAAGCCCGCCGUGUACGCCAUCUGCUACCGCAUCCUGACGUGUGGCGUAUCUCUCGUCGGUUCUGCAGUGCCCGAGCCCGAGACCGGCGGUAGUGCCGGUGCGGGCGCGGGCGCGGGCGAUGGUGUAAAGGUGGCUGAGAAGGAGGCAAGGAACGACAAGAAGAGGGAGUUGAUCCGGAGGGAACUCGUGCGGUUCGCGGAGAUUGGAAGGAAGAAUGAGGUCCACGGGCUUUUAGUUGCGCUCUGUGAGGGGUUCUGAGGACAACUCGGCGAGUGCGUUUCCUGGGGGCCUUGUUGCACGACUGCCGUCGAUAGAUGGGUUUUUUGGCAGUUGAGGGGGAGUGCUUAUCAUUCCGAAAAUUGGCGUUUCCUAAAACCAUUUCUAGAAGAACUGUACCAUGUCUCUUUUGAAAGUGCAUGCAAUGACGAGC